AUGGCAGCGAGCGUCCAGACCGUUUGGGAUGUCAGACGCGCUUUCUGUAUCUGGGAUAACAUUCCGUCUCGGGAAGCCAUCGGUGCGGCCGCGCUGUUAAGCUUUCCUUUAAUAUUUAUCAUAUUAGCCAGCAACAUGCCCCAAGCUAUAAAGCUUAUUAUUUUGAUGUUGUUAGUUGAAUUAGAGUGUAUAAAUUUCAACGUGUUACCAAAAUCAACAAAUGAAAUCAGUGUUACAUUUAACAAAAAUAAAAUAAAAGAAAGUGUUGUUAACUAUUACAUAUCAUAUGAUUCAUUUAAAUGUGAUAGUGAAAUAUUAUGGCGCUGUUUCAAUUUGAAAAUGUGGAAAAAACGUAAAAGAGUCGGUGUUAGUAAUUUAACAGAGAGCUUACUAAAGUUAAGAGUUAAGAGGACACCGACGGAGUUCGGUGUAGGGUACGUAGUAGACGUAGAGACCUUUACUGAGAGUGUUACUGCAAAGCCGGCGGACAGUUUGGUGAUAGAAAGAUUCAAACAAGAAUGGCCUUUGCACUUGUGGCGUAGAUACGGGUUGUUCACUGACGACUUCAUACAGUAUAUCAACCCCCACUGGUUGAGCUUCCCACCUCCAGAUCCUUCAGUGUACUACACGCUCGGGGGCCUCUACGUCGUGAUGGCUGUAGUCGGCUCUGUUGGGAAUUCAGUCGUUAUGCUCAUGUAUUUUCGAUGCCGAACGCUCCGCACACCAGGAAAUAUUUUAGUAGCCAAUCUAGCUCUGAGUGACUUUUUAAUGUUGGCAAAAACACCAAUUUUUAUAUUUAAUUCAUUUAACCUUGGUCCAGCGCUGGGUCAGUCUGCCUGCGUGAUCUAUGGAUUCGCCGGAGGAUUGAGCGGUACAACUUCAAUAGCUACGCUCACUGCCAUUGCUUUGGACCGCUAUUGGGCAGUGGUGCACCCACUCGAGCCCCUCCGAGCACUCACCGCUAUUCGAGCUCGCUUGCUAGCCGUCGGCGCUUGGCUCUACGCUGGUAUCUUUGCUACUAUACCGGCAUUAAAUAUAGGAUACGGUCAAUAUGUUCCCGAAGGCUUUCUAACGAGCUGUAGCUUUGAUUAUCUUACCGAUGAAAUCCCUCCUCGCUACUUUAUUUUUGUAUUUUUCUGCGCAGGGUGGCUCGCACCCUUGUGCAUUAUCUCAUUUUGCUAUACCAGGAUUCUGCAUAUUGUUGUAUGUAAACGGAAUAUGACCAAUAAAAACCAAGAGCAACAAAUGUCCUCCAGACACGUAAAGGAACAAGCUAAACGUAAAGCUGAAGUAAAGCUAGCAGCCCUUGUUAUUAUGGUGAUUGCGUUGUUCUUCGUUUCUUGGACUCCUUACGCUAUUGUGGCUUUGCUCGGUAUAUUCGGAAGAAAGGAUCUCAUAACUCCUGUAACUUCGAUGAUUCCUGCUUUAUUUUGUAAAACGGCUGCCUGCAUUAAUCCCUUUAUUUAUAUUAUAACACAUCCUACAUUUAGAAAAGAAUUUCAAAAAAUGUUAUUUAAGGAUAAAUCUCGGCGUAUGACGGGAACCUUUAAAACGACCGUUUACACUGAAGCGAGCAAACUACAUAGGCAAAGUAAAGACCUCAGUGAAACAGAUGUUGAAGUUAUAGAAAUGAAAGACAUUCCAUACAGCGUUCCAAAAUCCAAAGGAAAUAAUAAUGUUGAUACUAUAUCAUCAAAAAUAUCUGAUAGAGAAGGGUCACAAAAAUCUCAAAGAAGCGCUAGCAUGAACAGUUUUGAGGAAAAUAUAGUGACUCCACCGUCGUGGUAUUCAAAACCAGAAUUUUCAAAGAAGAAAAGUUUUCACCGACGAUUGACUAAAAGCUCUUUU